GGCUGAGGAGCCCUCGGGCGGGGGACCGAGGGCUCGGCUCUCGGCCUGGGAAGCGGACCUGGAGCCCGGUACCACGCCUGGUUCCCUCGUUGCCUGUCGACCCAAAUCGGUGUCGACCCCAUUAGCGGGUCUUUGAUUUUUCUGGACAAUCGAGCUGAUCCUUAAAUUUAGAGCAGUCGCAGCCGCUCGCUCAGUCAAUAAAGGAUCCGGGCCCAACACGUACUUUCACAGUAGUUCCCAGGGCAGCAGAAAGUACUGAUAUUCCACCUUAUGUGAUGAAGUGUCCAAGUAAUGGUUUGUGUAGCCGACUUCCUGCAGACUGUGUAGAAUGUAAGACAAAUUUCUCCUGUGUCUAUGGGAAGCCCGUCACCUUUGACUGCACCGUCAAACCUUCUGUUACCUGUGUUGUGCAGGACCUGAAGUCUGGCCCGAGAGAGCCUGAUGGUCUGUUUCUCAAAGUGGAGAACAGUGAAUACAUGAACUGGCUGCCGAGAGACAUGGGUUCUAGGAUUGCUGUCACCAGGCGAGCCAGGGAUCAAGACUUCAAAUCCCAAAAGAACUUCAUCAUCAACAUGACUUGCAGGUUUUGCUGGCAGCUUCCAGAAACUGAUUAUGAGUGUUCCAAUUCUACCAGCUGCAUGACAGUGUCUUGUCCCCGGCAGCGUUACACUGCCAAUUGCACAGUGCGGGACCACAUUCAUUGCUUGGGUAACCGUACUUUUCCAAAAAUGCUGUACUGCAACUGGACUGGAGGUUAUAAGUGGUCUACUGCUCUGGCUCUGAGCAUCACUCUCGGUGGGUUUGGGGCUGACCGUUUCUACCUGGGCCAGUGGCGGGAAGGCCUCGGCAAGCUCUUCAGCUUUGGUGGCCUGGGGAUAUGGACACUGAUAGAUGUCUUGCUGAUUGGUGUUGGCUACGUGGGACCAGCAGAUGGCUCUUUGUACAUUUAGCUGUGGUUACGUGCUUCAGAGAGGAGCUCUCUGCCUAUAGGAGUUGAUGUGCUGUGAGUAAUGUAUUUGUAUGUUUUUAAUGUACAGCAUCUGUACUUUGCCUGCCUUGAUGAAGGUAAAAUAAAAAAAUACUGAACCAUGUU